GACGCUGAGUCGACGACGGUCUGCGAUUGCGCGCAGUUCAAAACAAGUUACUAAGCUCUUAGCCAGGCCCAGACUGCAAGCGGGCUAAUGAGCUGCCCGUUCAAGCUGUAAAAGGAAAAACUAAGUACUGUGCGUGUGUGUGCAACUGUGUGUGUCAAGCAUAUAACAAGCCCAAAAAAAGAAAAGAAGAAACGAAAAACAUUUUUGUAAAAUAGUUUUUGACAAAUUUUGCUGCACAUCUUCGACGCGUUGUGCAAUUGGCCAAAAAGCAUUGCCAAUAAGGAGCGUCUUACAGCGAAUUCGUAAGCCUAAAAGCUAAUUGUGUGGUGGCCAACCGAUAAGGAAACUGGCCAACAACUGUACCCGGGCACUGAAAACCGAUUCGAAUAAUGUCUACCAGCACAUCAGCUUGUGAUUGUUUGGUGGGCGUGCCCACCGGGCCAACACUCGCCUCCACAUGCGGCGGCAGCGCAUUCAUGCUAUUCAUGGGCCUGCUCGAGGUAUUCAUACGCUCGCAGUGCGACCUGGAAGAUCCAUGCGGACGGGCAAGCUCAAGGUUCCGCUCGGAGCCGGACUACGAGUACGAUUUCAUUGUCAUUGGCGGCGGUUCAGCUGGCUCUGUGGUGGCGUCACGUCUCUCCGAGGUGCCGCAGUGGAAAGUGCUGCUCAUUGAAGCCGGUGGCGAUGAGCCGGUGGGCGCUCAGAUACCCUCCAUGUUCCUGAACUUCAUUGGCAGCGACAUUGACUACCGUUACAACACGGAGCCGGAGCCGAUGGCGUGCCUGUCCUCCAUGGAGCAGCGCUGCUAUUGGCCACGCGGUAAGGUCUUGGGCGGCACAUCGGUGAUGAAUGGCAUGAUGUAUAUACGCGGCAACCGUGAGGACUACGAUGAUUGGGCGGCGCAAGGCAAUCCCGGCUGGGCCUACAACGACGUGUUGCCAUUCUUCAAGAAGUCCGAAGACAAUCUCGAACUGGAUGCUGUGGGCACUGAAUAUCACGCCAAAGGAGGUCUAAUGCCAGUUGGCAAGUUCCCCUAUAAUCCGCCUCUCUCGUACGCCAUUCUCAAGGCCGGCGAGGAAAUGGGCUACACGGUGCAGGAUCUGAACGGGCAGAAUGCCACGGGCUUCAUGAUCGCCCAAAUGACUGCGCGCAAUGGCAUUCGCUAUAGCUCCGCAAGGGCAUUCCUGCGACCCGCUCGCAUGCGCAACAAUUUGCACAUCCUGCUGAACACCACAGUUACCAAGGUACUGAUUCAUCCGCACACGAAGAACGUGCUGGGCGUGGAGGUCACCGAUCAGUUCGGCAGCACGCGCAAGAUAAUGGCGAAGAAGGAGGUGGUGCUCAGCGCUGGGGCCGUCAACUCGCCCCAGAUCCUCCUGCUCAGCGGCGUGGGCCCCAAGGAGGAGCUGAAGCAGGUGAAUGUGCGACCCGUGCAUAAUUUACCCGGCGUGGGCAAGAAUCUGCAGAACCACGUGGCCUUCUUCACCAACUUCUUUAUCGACGAUGCGGACACUGCGCCACUCAACUGGGCCACCGCCAUGGAGUAUUUGCUGUUCCGCGAUGGCCUCAUGUCGGGCACGGGCAUUUCAGAUGUCACCGCCAAGCUGUCCUCACGCUGGGCCCAGCGCCCAGGCGUGCCGGAUAUACAGCUCUACUUCGGCGGCUAUUUGGCCAGCUGCGCGCGCACGGGCCAAGUGGGUGAGCUGCUCUCCAACAACUCGCGCUCCAUACAAAUAUUCCCGGCAGUGCUGAAUCCCCGAUCUCGUGGCUCCAUUCAGCUGCGCUCCUCCGAUCCUCUGGAUCCGCCUCGCAUUUUCGCCAACUACCUGACCGAUGAGCAUGACGUAAAGACCCUGGUGGAGGGCAUCAAGUUUGCUAUAAGGCUAUCGCAGAGCUCGCCCCUCAAGCAGUAUGGCAUGCGGCUGGACAAGACCGUUGUCAAGGGCUGCGAGUCGCACACCUUCGGCAGCGACGCCUACUGGGAGUGUGCGGUGCGCCAGAACACCGGGCCCGAGAACCACCAGGCCGGCAGCUGCAAGAUGGGUCCAGCUCAGGAUCCGCUGGCCGUCGUCAAUCACGAGCUGAGGGUGCACGGCAUACGGGGACUGCGCGUGAUGGACACCAGCAUCAUGCCCAAGGUAACGUCCGGCAACACGCACGCGCCGGCGGUAAUGAUUGCCGAGAAGGGCGCCUAUCUGCUGAAGCGGGCCUGGGGAGCCAAGGUCUGACGUGUAGAUGCAACGUGGACGCUGCAUAGAGUAAUUUAA